CCGUGACAAUAGACGAGGCCACAACGUCACAGCGAUUCGCGACAGCUAUAAAUAGACUUUGAAGGAUUCUCCGUAUUUGGAUGCUACACAUUUUGUGAUUAGUAUUUGUGUGCGUGUAUGUGUGCGUGCGAGCGCUUGUGUGUUCCAGUGUUGUGCAAUCCCCGAAGGAUACGAGUUUUAGAACAAUAUUGUUUUACCAUUGCAAAAGCAAAGAAAUGCAGCUGAACUUGGCGCUGUUUACGACGCUGCUGGCGCUGACGCAGGCGGCGCGACUGGAUAACAAAUAUUUGCCACCGCCAGCGAAUGCAGCCAGUGCGGGUGGUGGUGUUGGUGCGGGUCUACAGGGACCGGGUGGUGGUGGUGGCGGCGGCGGCGGUGGCUUUGGUGGUAGCAACAAUGGACUGGGUGGCAUCAAUAACGGACUUGGUGGCUUCUCAGGCGGUGGUGGACCGAGCAGACCAAUUGGUGGUGCUCCGGCGCCACGUCCAGCUGCCCCUGCACCACCUGCAGGCGGCCCACCCAUACCCAUCUUAUCGUUUGUGAAUGAAAACGAUGGCGAUGGCAACUAUCGCUUCAGCUAUGAGACGGGCAACGGCAUCAAGGCUCAGGAGGAGGGCACCGUUAAGAACAAGGGCUCUGCGAAUGAGAUUCCUUCGGUAAUGGGCUCUUACACCUACACCAAUCCUGAGGGAGAACUGGUUGAGAUCUCCUACACAGCUGAUGAGAACGGCUUUGUGCCCUCGGGCGCAGCUCUGCCCACUCCACCGCCCAUACCUGAAGCCAUAGCCAAGGCCUUGGCUGCUCAAGGCAUUUCUCCGCUUCCUGGUGGUGGCUACAGUGGUGGUACAGGUGGUGAUGGUGCUGGAGCCGGAGCAGGAGCUGGCGCUGGUGGCUACGGAGGAGGCGGCGGACGAGGUGGAGGUGGUGGUGGUGGCGCAGGUGGUGCCGGAUCUUACGGUGGAGCCGGUGGUGGUGCAGGCGCUGGAGGAUAUGGCGGCGGUGCUGGUGCUGGCGGAGGCGCCGGUAGAGGCGGUGCUGGAGCUGGUGGAUUCGGUGGUGGGGCUGGCGGAGCCGGUGGCGGUGGAGGCUUUGGAGGCGGUGCCGGUGGUGCUGGAGCUGGUGGUUAUGGUGGUGGUGCUGGUGGUGGUGGAGGCGCUGGUCGUGGAGGUGCUGGUGGCGGUGCUGGAGCUGAUGGAUUUGGCGGAGGUGCUGGUGGAGCAGGUGGUGGUGGAGGCGCUGGACGUGGAGGCGGUGCUGGAGCUGGCGGAUUUGGCGGUGGUGCUGGUGGAGCCGGUGGUGCUGGAGGCUUUGGAGGAGGUGCCGGUCGAGGAGGCACAGGUGGUGCAGGCGGUGCUGGAGCUGGUGGCUUCGGUGGUGGUGCUGGUGGUGGCGGAGGUGCUGGUCGCGGAGGCGGCGCUGGAGGUGGAGCUGGUGCCGGAGGCUACGGUGGAGGUGCAGGUGGUGCAGGUGGAGCUGGAGGCUUCGGUGGUGCAGGAGGUGCCGGUCGCGGUGGAGCAGGUGGUGCUGGAGGCUUCGGCGGUGGUGCAGGCGGCGCUGGAGGUGGUGGAGCUGGUGGAUUCGGUGGCGGCGCUGGUCGCGGAGGUGCAGGAGGUGGUGCUGGAGGCGGAGGCUACGGUGGAGGCGCAGGUGGAGCUGGUGGCGCUGGAGGUGCUGGUCGUGGUGGAGCAGAUGGCGCACCCGGAUAUGGCGGUGGUGCCGGCGGAGCUGGAGGAGCUGGCGGUGGCGGCGGCGCUGGUCGUGGUGGUGCACCAGGUGGACCUGGUGCUCCUGGCUACGGAGGUGGUGCUGGUGCUGGUGGAGCAGGUGGCGCUGGAGGCUUUGGUGGUGCUGGCGGUCGCGGUGGAGCUGGAGGCGCUCCUGGUCGUGGUGGUGCGCCGGGAGGAGCAGGCGCUCCUGGCUUUGGUGGUGGUGCUGCUGGAUCAGGUGGCGCUGGAGGAUUUGGCGGUGGUGCCGGACGAGGUGGUGCUGGCGGUGCUGGUGGACCUGGUGCGCAAUACAUUCCUCCUGCUUCUGGUGGCGGUCGUGGCAAUGGCGAAUUCGAUCCACAGUCCGGUUACAUCUAUUAGAGCGCUAAAGAUGAAGACGAAUGAAACCUCAAUGCAACGCAUUCUGCCGCUAAUUACUCUUAGUACUUAGCUCAUAGGAAAGAGUUUCGCUUCUAAAAAACAAUUCCAAAAGAAUCCUGUCUUUCCAAAUUAAGACUUAGUUAUAAGCGAUAUAGCUAAGCUAUAUUUAUAUUAAACGAUAUUAAUUAGA